CCAGUCGCUCCUACGCUCGACGCCGCGUCAGUACAUGCGGUCUCGCCGCGGCGCGCGGAUUGUUUGAUCGCAGAGGUGUGCGUUCCUCCCCUGACAGCCCUCUUGUUAACUCACGAUAACCGCGUGCCGCGUAAGGUCUCUUUAAAGAGCGUCCCUCACGCCUUUAACGCGAAUCCCCCCCGCGUCGCUUCUUCACUCGGAAGAAUUCGAGAUCGAGAGGAUCGAGGAUCAUGCCGGCGGACGCGGAGCUCAGCAGCCUGCUCAGCAGACGGCAGAGGAUCAACGACGAGCUCGAGGAGGGCAAAGAGGUGAAGAAACAGUACAAGUUCGUCAACGUUUACACGGAGUUCCACGAGCUAUCGCGCCGCGAGAUCAAGCAGUACGAGCAGACCUUCAACAGGUUCGACGAUGGUCACGACGGCUAUCUCGAUCUUUCCGAACUGAAGCGAAUGAUGGAAGUUUUGGGUGCACCGCAAACGCAUCUCGGACUCAAGGCGAUGAUCCAGGAGGUCGACGAGGAUGGCGACGGUCGCAUAUCUUUCCGUGAGUUCCUGCUGAUUUAUCGUAAAGCACGGGCCGGCGAAUUAGAACAGGAUUCCGGAUUGAGCCAGCUGGCCAGACUCACCGAGGUCGAUGUCGACGAGGUCGGUGUUACAGGCGCUAAGAACUUCUUCGAGGCCAAGAUCGAGCAGCUGCGGAAGUCCUCCAAGUUCGAGGACGAGAUUCGUAUGGAGCAGGAGGAGCGGAAACGGGAGGAGGAAGAAAAGGCAGCGAGACGAGAGCAAUUCCGGCAGAGAGCCGCGAUCUUCGGCAAAUAAUUGCGAAAAUCACGGGAGAGCGAAAGCGGCCGAUUCGCUCGUUGGAAUGCAAAGACGGAUUGUCUUGGGUCGUUUAGGUUUAUUUCCGAUGCUCGCAGCCGCCGAAGCGAUAUCCGACGCCAACGAGCGACUCUAUAAACCAUUUAAGUGCGCUCCGAGGUGAAAUCGCGGUUCGAUCGCGAUGGCAGUUGUCAGAAGAAUUCGAAGCGAGAAUUUAACCCGCGGUAUAAUUUCCUGUGCUGUUAACGCGCGAAAGAAGAAUUUUACACCCGCCGUCUCUAUCCUUGCAUUGCCGCACGUAUAAACGAUAUCAAAAUUUAAAAAUUCAGCGAAAUAUUAACUCUUUCGAUUGCCAAUUUGAAGACUACGUAGAAUUUUUGCAGUUUCGUUGUCGAAUAUGCAGUAAACGCUGACGUCCGAUCUGCGGAUUUCAUUAUAAGCGGCAAUAGCAAAAGUAAAAUUCAUUUUCUUGGACCGUAGUCCAAUUUUUUAAUUUUAUAUUUAUUAGUUACUUACUGCACGUGCAUCGCGAUUUAACGCUAUAUUGUAAUAGCGGUUAUUGUACUUGGAACACACUGUUACACGGAAAAAAGUAACACACGAUCGUGCAUACGUGAAUUUUACACGGAAAAUCGGACAUUAUCGAAAGCGGUUGAUAUCUAACACAUAUCUAUCCUAUAGGGAUAUAUUUUAACGUUGGACAGCGCGCAAACUAGACUUCUACUUGCUGUUUCAAUAGCAAUUUUAAUAACGAUAUCUCGUUGUAAAAUGUUUAACAAACGUUGAAGAGCACGAUUAAUUGCGUAAAAUGUUGUUUAACACAAAUGUUGAUGUUCAAGGAUGAAUUGCAAUGAGGUUUAGAACAGUCAAUAUAAUAAAAUAGUUGGCCUGCUUUUUUAUCACAGAUCACACGACUGUCGAAUCGAAAGUUUUCAACUUCGAACGUUAUCGAAUGUGAUGAGUAGACUGAGAACGGAAUUGAUAUCGACUUUACAUUAUUUAAGAAAGGACGACAUUAGUGACUGCUGAGCCUUCGAUAGGGCUUAACGUAUGUCGGCGAAUGUAUCUUAAGGUUUAUUAUUAUAAUUAUGAUUAUUUUGUAGGGUCUUAUUUUCUCUUCAUUAAGUAAGAAUUCUUUGUCGCAUUAAACGACACGCACGGUACUAUUGUACGUAUAACGUAAGAGAAAUAUGCGUGUAGAUAUGUUGUAUAUUUGUGCGGCUGGUGCGAAUGUAUGUCGAACCAAUAGCUAUAUCUAGGCGUGUUGUUCGUUUAAUUAAAAAAAUUGAAUCACUCGAUUUGUACGGCACAAACGCGUAGAAAUUUAUUGGCGGCGGAUUCACGCUGUAACUACUUUGAUUUGCAUUUUAUUCUAUUUGUAUUUCCAACAGAUGGUUUAGACUUGGACUGAUAAAAAGAUAACUCUUGUGUAUUCCGCCGAUAAGUGGGCCGCGAUAAGUGUGAAACCACUACACAGGUAACAAGAAAACCUUUUAGAUCCUCGAAUUUUAGGCUAAAAGAUUAUGAAUGUGUCCAGAAUAUAUUGUAAUGUUUACAGCGUUCUUUAAUCGCGUGCUAUUAUUUUAAUCUUCGUCUUUAAUCUUUUGUUUUUUAUUUAAAAUAUCUAAGAUAAUGAGUACAAAAUUUUAUAAUUGCAACAGGUAUAUGAUUCCUGCCUGCCUAGCGCCAAUAGCACAAUUUCUAUUUCUUUCUUAUAACAAGAUCGUAACAAUAAUUUAUCAGAAUUUUUUAUUAUUGCAUUUGCAUUAAGAAAUAUUGUAUUUCAAUUUUUAUUAUAUUUAUAUUAUAUUAUACAUCACUUGUUUAGAGACACAUUCUGUAUAUAAUAGUAUUAGUAAAUCACAAGACAUCUAUUGUAAAAAACUGUGUAAGCUAUAGAUUGUAAAUAGAUUUAUUUUGAUGCGUCAAGCUUAUGUAUCUGAUUAAUUCCUACAGCUUACUAAUUUAUUAGAUUACUGAUAAAUCAGUAAGCUGAUUUAUGAUGGAGUUAUAUUAAAAUUAUGAAAACUGCA